AUGCCACCAACGAGGACCGAAACACAAUCAGUCAAGAAAGGAGGUGUAUAUUCGGUAGAGGAAGAUCUUCAACUCGUAACUUUAUAUAAAGAACAUGCGGAUAAAACCAAUAGAUGGAAGAUAAUUGGAGAGAUAUUAAAACGUAAUCAUAAAAGUGUCCGCGAGCGAUAUGUAAAUCAUUUGGACCCAACUAUCAAUAAAAGUAAAGAGUUAACCGAUGAAGAAAAAGCAAAAAUUGAUUCUCUCCUAAACCAAAAUGACCAGUCUUAUUAUAAAAAAUGGGCAAAAAUAGCUGAAGAAAUAUCAUUAGAUAAAACAUCUCGAAGAACAGAAUUACAAGUUAAAAACUAUUGGAAUAGCAAAAUUCGAAGUCAAGAACGAAGUUUGGAACGCAUUCGUGCUAAGAUGUCAUUGGAGACUAUCAACAACAAGGAACCAUUUACAGUUUCAAAAGCAGAAACGCCUCCUGUUCAAACAUGGUUAAAAACUUCUUGGGACGCUCCUCAUUUAUUACUUGAAAUAAUAGAGUCUGUUUCGGCAGAGAACUCUACGGCGUAUUAUCCGCUUAUAAAUGAAUUUAUAAGUUUAGGAUUAUUUUCUCCAAAAUUGACUUAUCAAGAAGUAUACAAUACAGCACUUGGUGUUGUUGAAUCAAAAAAAUAUUUAUCAGCACCAACAUCCAUAUCAAUUCUUGAAUUCGCUCUUUCUCUUCACACAACAGCUCCAGUCAUUCAAUCUUAUUACCAUUACUACGACGCAAAUGUAGUGCCAAGCAGGCAGGAAUUCAAUAAUAAUUUUAAUCCCGAAUGUGACGUUUGGGUUGAUUGGUAUGGUCAUCAAGCUUGUAGCAUUGAAGAUUUCAAGAAUUUAUCCGGAUUUGGCAAGUCCGGAAAAUACGAUAUACCUUAUAAUAGCUCCGAUCAACAUCUAAAACUUUUGCCUUUUGAUCAUGUUUUAUCCUCUAAUGAAGAAAUCAUAUCACCAUUAAUCAUCUUAUACGCUGAUGUGUUUUCAUCGAAUUUUGCAUCUUUUCAUCAAUUUUUAUCCGAGUUGAUAAGUAUUGAUGAAGCCAAAUAUAUUUUACGAUAUAAACCUCCCAAAGGAAAACGAGAUGAUUUAUAUCUUACUGGAUAUGGUGUGGAGUUGGCAUUAAAAAAUACCGAUUACAUUGUGAUUGAUGAUCGUAAAGUUGAAACUGAUGAUCAUGAUGAAGGAGAAAAUGAAUCCGAAUCAAACCAUGAGUCUCAUAAUGAUUCACGCCUUGAAAUGUUGAGUGAACAUUUGUUUGACGAGGAUAUAUCUGAAAUUAAACCACUUAUAACUAGCGAAAUAAGGGAACUUGGGUUGAAGGCUGCUCAAUUCAUUAUUUCUUCACCAGAUCCAUUGUCAGCUUUUGCGCAUUUAUCACAAGAUUUACCAAAAUAUUCUUAUCAUAUCUCUCAACUUAGUCUUAAUUCAUCACUUAAACAUGAGAUUUCAACAAAUAAAAAUUCUCUGAUGUUAAAUACCAAUUCUUUUUGGCUCAAUGGAUUGAAAGUUGCUCCCGAUUCAGUUGAUCCUUUUGGUCUAUUAAAAUUGCUUCGACGCGAGAGACAAAAUAUGUUAUCGCUUAUGAGCCUUGGUAUGAACACACAGCAAGCUGUUGAAUUGCUUGCAUCGCCUAUUAUCUCGGAAUCAAAAUCUUCUCAAGAGUUAACUCAAGGAAUUUUUGAUGUUCGGGAUAAAUCGGAAAAGAAAAAUAUUAUAACUUGGUUAAAUGAUUUGGAAAAAGAUAAAAGAUAUUCUCAUUGGCCAUCUAGGAUUUAUGAUAUAUUUCGACCAGUCUAUCCCGGACAGAUGAGAUAUAUACGUAAAAACUUAUUCAGUGUAUUAUUUGUUAUUGAUCUAUCAUCUAUAAAUAAUCUCAAGGUCAUCACUGAACAGAUCAAAACGUUCAUUGAAAGGGAUAUUCCAAUACGGUUUGGUUUCAUUCCACUUGUUUAUGAAGAAUCAAAUAGUUCACCUUCUAUAUUCGAAAGUGCAAAAAAACAAUUUAACAUUAUUAUUGAUGGUGAAAAGCCAAAAGAUAAAACUUCUAUUAAAUCCUUCAAUGACAUCAUUAAACCUGAUGUUGAAUCUUCACUUGAAGAGCAAAUUCUUGGUGCGAAAGAGUUUGUUAGUAGAUUCAGAAUAGAUACUAAUGGAAGAGGUGUUAUGUUUGUUAAUGGAAAAUAUUUUGAUAUGGAUGAUAAUUAUCAGAGAAAUAUGGUUCAAACUAUUAAUGAACACACCUCAUUCCUUCAACAAAAAUUGUAUGGUGGAGAAAUUGCGGAUCAUACAAAUAUAUUCGAGUAUUUCACGACUUUACCAAAUGUUCCAUCCAGAAGAAAUCCUUUUGUGUUCGUAACUGAUGUUCAGCCCCUGAAGGUGAUUAAUUUAGUAAAUGAAAAAAACGGAAAUAGUGAAAAGUUAAAUAAUUUAGAUUAUGUUUAUUCAGAGGAACGAGGUGAUAAUGAAGUAACUAUUUCAUUAUUACUUAUAACUGACUUUGAUAGUGAAUAUGGAGCUAAGCAAGGAUUGGAAGCUUUGAAAUAUUUGAAUAAAUCACCAAAUGUACGCAUAGCAUUCAUCCAUAAUCCUUCAACUCAGACUAGCAAGCGUGAAGAUAUAAAUUUAUCAUCUCUUUUUUUUCAUAUUUUGCAUGACUCCAAAGUAAAUGCUGAAGAAACAUCAUCAGACUUAUUAAAAUUCUUAAAAGAGGCUAUAGAAGAAUAUCUUAGCAUAGAUGAUAAAGUUAAUAUGCCAUAUAAUGAACAACUAGAAGAGUCAAAACAAAUACCUAUUUCAGAUUCUGAAAAGAUCAAUUCCGCUAGAUCCUUUGGAUGGCAAUUAGUUGAUAAAGUACGGGCACAAACUUAUUGGAGAGAAUGGAACUCGUUUAUACGAAAAACGUUGAAACUGGGUGAAAAUGAUACCGCUAUUAUAGUUAAUGGUCGUUUUGUGGGUCCAUUUAUUAAAGAAAAUUUGUUCAUUUCGGAUGAUUUCAAAUUAUUGCUUGAUAUUGAAAACGCAGAACGUAUUGAGCCUGUAGUAAAUGCCGUAAAAGCGGCCAAUUUAACAGUGCAUUUGAAUGGGCCAAAUUAUUCGGAUUUUGUUGCGAAAGUGACUUCUAUAAUGUCUGAAGCUACGACAUCUGAUGUUCCCGUUGGACUUUUCGAGGAACAAGAAUUAAAACGAGAUCUUUCGUUUAAGGAAUUAAAAUCUGAACACAGCAAAGUUGUCAUUGGCGAUAUGGAGGCAGCAUUAUACAAGAUUAGUGUUUUAAUUGAUCCAAUAAGUGAAGCGGCUCAAAAGUGGUCCACAAUCUUAAAGAUAUAUUUUAAUCCUAAGUUGAACCUAAAUGAAAUUCCGAUAAAGAGAUUUUACCGAUAUGUAUUAGAACCGAGAUUGAAAUUUAAUUCUACGACUGGAUAUCUGAUUUAUCCGUCCGCAUAUUUUUCAAAUUUACCCGAGGAUCCUUUGUUAACGCUUGGAAUGGAUGUAAUUCAAGCAUGGCUAGUAACACCCAAAGUUUCUAUUUAUGAUUUGGAUAACAUCCGUUUGGCGAACCUAGAUUCUCGUUCAAGAAUAAAAGGAGUUGAAUCGGUGUUUGAAUUGAAGAAUAUUCUGAUUGAAGGUCACGCACGCGAUAUGACAUUAAAUGCACCACCAAGUGGGUUACAAAUAGUACUUGGUACCAAGAAUGCUCCUGCAAUGGUAGAUACUAUUGUAAUGGCAAAUUUUGGAUAUUUACAGUUAAAAGCAAAUCCUGGUGUAUGGAUAUUUGGUUUGAGAGAAGGGAGGUCUACAGAAAUAUUUGAUAUACAAAGUAGUGGAAGUGAAGGGUGGUAUAGUCGUAGUGUUGAAGAAAUUGGAAAUGAGAUUGUGUUAAAUAAUUUUGAAGGGUUAGUUAUUUAUCCAAGAUUUACUAGAAAGCCUGGUAAAGAAAAUGAAGAUGUAUUAAAAAUUGAAGAAAAAGAUGGAAUUUGGGAUUAUAUUAAAGACAAACGCGAUUCUAGAAAGAGCAAAGCAGAAAUCAAUAUAUUUUCUGUAGCAUCUGGGCACCUUUAUGAGAGAUUCUUGUCUAUUAUGAUCAUAAGUGUUUUGAGACAUACAAAAAGUCGCGUUAAAUUUUGGUUUAUCGAAAACUUUUUAUCCCCGUCCUUCAAGAAUUUUAUUCCGAAUAUGGCCAAAGAAUAUGAUUUUGAAUAUGAAUUAGUUACAUACAAAUGGCCGCAUUGGUUAAGGGCUCAAAAGGAAAAACAGAGGACUAUUUGGGGGUUAAAUGUACUCUUCCCACUUGAUUUGGAUAAAGUUAUAUUUGUUGAUGCAGAUCAAAUUGUACGAGCGGAUUUAAAAGAAUUAGUUGACAUGGAUCUUGAAGGAGCACCGUACGGGUAUACACCAUUCUGUGAUAAUAGGCCAGAAAUGGAUGAAUUUCGAUUUUGGAAGCAUGGAUAUUGGAAGGAUCAUUUAAAAGGAAAACCAUAUCAUAUUAGUGCGCUUUACGUGAUAGAUUUACAACGAUUCCGUCACAUGGCAGCAGGAGAUCAAUUACGUGGGCAAUAUCAGUCACUAAGUUUAGACCCAAAUUCGUUAGCUAAUUUAGAUCAAGAUUUACCUAAUAAUAUGCAACAUAAUGUGCCAAUAUUUUCAUUACCGCUUGAAUGGCUUUGGUGUGAGACAUGGUGUAGUGAUGAGUCAUUAGUAAAUGCAAGAACCAUAGACUUGUGUAAUAAUCCGUUGACCAAAGAACCAAAACUUGAUCGCGCAAGGCGUCAAGUUCCAGAAUGGGAAUCUUAUGAUAACGAAGUUACUAUUUUUGCUGCAAGAAUUUCACAAUUACAAAAGAAUUUAGUAACAGAAUCAACUGAAAAGAUCAACGAAUAUCAAAUUCCUACCGAAAAAACUUCUCAGGUUACAGAUGGAUUUUCAUCAACACCAGUUUCUCAUUUAAAAGAUGAAUUAUAA